ACCACCAACCUUUUGCUUCCCAGCACACCUUCUCUAACCGCUGCGCCACGACGACCAAAGUCCAAUCUGUGGGCACGUCGAUCAAAUUUCUCUUUUGGGGUCCUGUUCUCGAUAACCACGAUAAACCUUCUGUAGUGUCUUUUCAGGUGUUGGUUGUAUGAAGAUGCUUUACUUGAAUAGAAGAAAAAUCUUUAAAAUCCCACAUUAAAAUACAGUAUUUCACCACUUUCAAAAGCAGUGUCAAACGUAUUUUACUCUAAUAAAACAUGUAAAAGGUGUAUUUUUUAUGAGCUUUUUUAACAACUGAAUAACUGCAGCGCGUGGAGGUCAUUACGUGGUCUCUUUCUGGUGGGUGUCAUAUCGGAUCGGGUCACUGAGCGCACACAGCGUGGGUGGUGUUGCUGUGUUUGUCAGAGUCAGUCGAGGUAUCCGGUAAUCGCUUUGACAAAUACUACACCAAGCAAACAACCAGUGCAAAAAUGUUAUUGUCAACAGUUUUAUGUUUUGUUUAUUUUAUUGUUUUAUUCCAAAAGCAAUCUGUGUUAUGUUGGACACACAAUAGAAUUAUAGUAAUUCAUCUUGUUGCAAAAAGUGCUUCGAUGUGGGGUUUUGGCCUGUUGAGAUGACGCCUCUGGUCUGUCCUGCUAAUGGAUCAUUUAAGUGGGUUUAGGUCCAGCUUUGAUGGAGCAACAAUUUAUUCCGACCGCAGAUUGUAGACUGUAUUUUAAUCAUUGCCAGCGGUAGGUCAGUAUUUGAUAGUCCACGCUCGCGUACGGAUACAAUUUUGUUUCAUUUAGUUUUCAUAGAUAAGAUUACUUUUUGUGCACAACACGAACCUCGUCAUUUGGACACCUGACCAUGGAAAGCGUGGCCUGCAGAUGAGCCUGUGUGAGGAGGCCACACGAGUCAGAACCCUUUACAUCUGCAACAAGUUGUGAACAAGCUGUCAGUGCAACCAGUCACAACCAUCAGACACAAACAUGUUGUGGUUGUAGCAGAGCAAUCCAUAAUUUUGGGGUUAUGCAAAGCUGAAGGAGGAUGGUCUAGUUUAUCUGUCUGCCUGAUAACGGCAACCUUCCCCAAAGAAACAAAUAGGAAUUCAGUGUGAAAACAGUGUCAAAGCCCCGAUUGGUCGGCAUUACUUAACAAAAUAAGAGUCUGUCAGCAACAGUUUUCAGGAGCACCGGUCAUUAUCUCGUGGUAUCAACUUGUUAUCCAGCAUUCCCUUCUGUGGAUGCUAUCCAUCACGACUUUGUAGCCUUUCUUUAAACAGCAGUAUGCGUGCGGUCGUUUUCAUGACCUCAAAGGGGAAAAACACAAUGAUUUGUCAUUUUGUCACAUACGAAAACAGGGUUGUUUUGAUGUAGAUCCACUUUGUGUUCCAAAGUCAAUAUUGACAGCAGACCUGGUGAACCUGGAUCUACGCACGUCACGCAGGGUCAUCUACGCUUUAAAGCUGCUUGGUCAAAAAGUAUUUUAUAUCUGCCGCAAGCGUGUCAAUCAUUAACCCCGCUGGAGGCCAGACGUCCGUAUAAGUACUGCUGGUUGGGAGAAAUACCUUUAGAAAAGAAAAGUAAAGGCCCACCAGACAGAUCAACGAAGAGGAGCACUGAAGAUGCCCGGAUUACAUGAGAAGCUGACUCUCGUCGCAGCGGCGGCAGCCCUGGCUGUCUUGGCCUCGGUGAGGUCGUCCCCGGUGGUGGCGCCGGAGCCCAUCCUCUGUGCCGCCUGCACGCUGGAGAUGCUCAGCAGCUGCCCCGCCGUCCCGGCGGGCUGCGCGCAGGUGAAGCGGGAGCCCGGGUGCGGCUGCUGCAUGGCCUGCGCUCUGGAGCGAGGAGCGCCCUGCGGGGUUCACACGGCCCACUGCGGCGAGGGCCUCCGCUGCAGGCCGAGGCCCGGCGAGGCCCGGCCGCUCCACGCUCUGACCCGGGGACACGGGAUCUGCACCGAAGAGCCGCGCCAAGAGGAAGCGGCCCCCGACCACGGCUCCCUGGACUACCUGCUGGGCCUCAACCUUCCGCUGGACCCCCAAGACACUACUGAGGGCCAAGAGACUUUCAGAACAAAGGUCAACGCCAUCCAUAACAAGCUGGUCCAAGAGGGUCCCUGUCACAUUGAGCUGCACGCGGCGGUGGACAGGAUCUCCAGCUCGCAGCAGAAACUCGGGGAGAAGUUCACGACGUUCUACCUCCCCAACUGCGACAGGCAGGGCUACUACCAGGCCAAGCAGUGUGAGUCAUCUCUGGUGGGACCGCCCGCCCGCUGCUGGUGCGUCUCUCCCUGGAACGGGAAGAAGAUCCCGGGAUCCAGCGACCUGCCGGCCGACUCGGAGUGUCACCAGGAGGUGCGCUUCUAGAGGGAGGCCUCGCUCCUAAGCAGACGUGUUUUAACAAAGGGGGGUGAGGGGGUGAGGAGCGUGAGGGGGGGUAAAUGUACCACCUGAUGAGCCGACUUCAGAGAAAGAAACGCACUCAUUCGCACAAAAUAUGAAAUGCUAUUUCGGAAGAGGGACAUUUCCUCUCAUAUUAUUUACAUGAUGUAUGUAUCGAGCCUUAUUUAUUCUCACCGGCAUUAACCAUUUGUUAUUUUUAGGCGUUUUAUAUGUUUGCCCGUUUUUUCUCUCUCUCUUCCCGAUUGUAAAUAGGGCAACACUGUAUACAUUUGUUUUUCUCACUAAAUGACUCCAUUGCUCCAAACCACAAGUCCACGUCUCUGCCAAGCUCGUUUCAGAGGCUUCGGCAUCACUUUUUUUUUAUUCAUUCAUUCAUUCAUUCAGAACUGGAUCUGCUCACAGCACAGAAUGACACAGCCGCCCAUUCAUCCAACGUGUUGACAUUGUCUGAAUGUAUCUCCAUUGGCGUUUCCUCAAUGGGUAUUGGGGGAAAUACUUAAAGUGCCGCAAGUAUGUGCGGGUGGCCGAGCACAAACACAUCGGGGCUCAUCCCGGCCAACGCAGCUCUGCAUCAGUCUACCUCUCUCUGCAGGUCCCCGGGUUUAGCUCUUCCAAGGCCAAGCCUCUUUUUGUUUUUUCUUUAAUCUAUUCAAGUAUUUAUUAUGUUGCUGUGAGCUCGUGUGCGUUUGACCAUUUUUGGGAAUUGUAAAUGCUGCUAUCCAAUUAUUGGUUUUGUUGAAACAACGUGUGUAUUCUUCUAAUUCUGUGGAUGUGAGUCGCAUUAAAAUGUUAUUUAAUCACUA